UCUCUUUUCUCCAUUCAUGUUACUUUUAAAGAUUGUUCUCUAUGUUGGAUGCGCCAUACCCUCGUUGUUAUUUUACCUAUGUACAGAGAAAUAUCAACAAUAUACCUCUAACAUUGUCCUAAUGUUUAUCACAGUCAUACAACUGCUUAUUCCGAUCUUUUAUGAUGGUGCUGGUUACCUGGCCGACAAUGCUAUUUUGACUGUAUUAAGUGUGUCUCUUGGCGCUGGCAUGACGUUUUACAUACGUGAUUUACGACGUUGUGGUGACAAUCAAGAAAAACGACAACAACUCACUGCGUUUUAUCAUGUUCUUGACCGAUGGAACGAAAACCCUACUCGAUCUUUUAACAAUAACAACAACGAUACUGGCGAGGUAUCUUCAAACAGCGACUGUACUACAACCACCACCAUAUCAUCGACAAAAACAACAACUUUUGAUGAUCAAAAACCUGUGUCUCUCUCUGUGAUUCAAUACGACAGUCGACGUUGGUUCUUGGAGUCUGUGAUUUAUAUGGCUUUGUCAGUUCCUGUCAUGUCAUUUUUUGAUGGUCUGCUGCGUGUGUGUGCUUUACCUCCAGGUACAGACACAAUUUCAUAUUGGCAUCGGUUCCCUCCUACUUGGCAAACUCUGGCAUAUCACUUGAUGACUGGAUUUACUCUUCAUCUCCAUGUGGGCAUUGUGGAAUUAAUCUAUCGAUUCUUCUUGACGACACGUUUGAUGAUGAUGAUGUUAUGGACGACAAGUGUGACAUCAUUAUUACGUUAUUAUGAUGAUACUCACCAUUUUAUCUUGCAACCUUCUUUGUUUGAUCAACCUUGGCUAGCUCAUUCGGCAUACAAUCUAUGGAGUUGUCGAUGGCAUCAGAUUUUCCGUCCUGGAUUCAAGAAAUUGGCUUACGACCCUGUACGAUCACUUUUCCCGGAAAAAAAGGCAAACAAGACUCCAAGUAUGGGUGUAUGGAUGGGACGUAUUGCUGGUACGAUGGCCGUGUUUUUGGCAUCUGGAUUGUUACAUGAUUAUAUUUUACUGGCAAUGAUAGGUCAUUCUGCUAUUCAAUCUUAUCCUGGCAUGCUUGGACAACAAACUAUUUUUUUCCUUCUUCAAGGUGUGGCAACGGUGAUCAGUUCUCCCAAUAUGCCGUGGUCAAAUUUUUCGUCGCGUAUUUUACCAAUGUGGUUGGCUCGUUUAUUGACGUGGGUGUGGAUCAUUUACACUGCGCCAAUCUUUGUGGACCCCUUUUUACGAAUUGGACUACAUGUGGAAGCUGAAGUGCCUCUAUACCCAAGAUCCUUUGACCCUCAUAUUGGUUUUUUAUGUCCCUAUGGCACCAUCAAUGCACAAACGAAUUAGAUUUUGGAAAAGAGGAUUGAUUUAGAUUAGAUUAGACUGUAGAUUUUAUUUAUGAUUUUUAUUUAUUGUUAUUUUAUUUAUUUAUUUAUUUUUGCAUUCUAUCACAAUCAAAUAAAAAGUCACUUGUUUGGAUCAUCACG